AUGUUCACAGCUCUCGCUAUCGGGGCCGCUGCCUUAAUGGCCGGCGUUGCCAAUGCCCAGGUUACAGCCACGGGGACCAUGGGUGUUACGAACCCUCCCAAGGCCACUCUGGGUACUCCCAUCAACCAGACGUCUUAUGCUCGACUUCUAUCCCUCAACUCUCUCAAUGACUUUUGUCUUUUCGCACCUGCGGAGAAAGAUUCUGUCAUUGGUAACGUCGAAGCGGAAGUCGUCGCUUGGUGUAUUCAAGCUCGUAACAACGCUCGUGUCAUUCCAGAUGGUUCAAUUACCGGGGCCCAACUGCAGAAAUCGCCGCUUUACUGGCAAGUGUCAGGUUGGGGAGACUUCACGAAAAUCAACAUCGCUCCUCUUGACGAAGGUGGUGAACUGGACCCACACGGAGCUACUGGAGACGGCAAUCCCGUGGGAGGAAAUUGGAUGAACUACAUGUCCUACCAACAAUUCUGUCUCCGUAUUUGCAUCGCUGAGAACGCAACCUACUCUGCAGCGAUCGAAUGUGAACAUACUCUAGACGAAAUGGGUUGCAACUGGGUUAUGCCAGGCGCUUACCUGAACAACUCUUUCACCGAAUGCGACGCCGACGCUGCUUACCCCCCCGGAGUCUACCCUUUGGCCAACGGAUCCACUUCUACUUUUGCCCAACGUUACACGGGUACCUACACUGAUGGUGCCGGUAGCGUUGGAAUGUUCACUAUCGGUCAGACUGUCACCCCACAGACUGCGUUCUCCACUCCAGCCUCGUCCAACUGCGUGACAUACUCAACUAUCGGUAACGGUAUCCCCCUGUCUUCUCUCGGACUCUCCGGUUCCGUUCCCUCCGCCAGCAGUCUUAGCGGUUCCAGUCAAUCGACCGGUUCCGCCUCCACUACUUCAUCCAGCAAAAGCGGAUCAGCCAGCGGUAGUAAAGCUUCCACCUCUGGCGCCUCGUCCUCCGGCUCGAGCACUGCCGGCAGUGCCAUCCCCGGUUUCUCUGGCUUCAACUAUGGCCCUAUCAUCGCUGCCGUGCUCAGCGUCAUUGCUUUGUUCGCCGGCACCGGUGCUGUAAUGCUAUAG